GAGUCCCUGAGGAGACGCUGUGCCCUGAGAGCUUCCCUUACUGAGGAGGCCUCGUGCUUCAUCUGUCACAAGUGGUGCUCGGGCCGGUGGUGACAACGAGGACGAUGCUCAGGCUUCUGAGAUUUGCUUUAGCCCUCUUCCGGAGAAGGGCGGACCCCGCAGAGCAGCAGGGUCCACAGCAGCAGGGUCUCCCACAAGGUGAGCCCCAGUUGAAAACUGUGCAGGGAGUUGUCACAAGUUUCUGUGGUGAUUAUGGCGUGAUUGAUGAGUCGAUCUACUUCAGUUGUGAUGUUGUGACUGGCAGUGAGCCUCUAAAAGUUGGACAGAGAGUUAAUGCGGUUGUGGAAGAAGAUAAAACACUUUAUGGAUUGCGAGCAAUCAAGGUGGACAUUGUGCCUUAUGAUACUGGACCGUCAGACGCAGGAACCAAACUUUUAGUUGGAUGUAUCGCUUCUAUAAGUGAGGAUACUGUUCAUAUUAGUGACGACAUUUAUUUCUCCCUAGACAUUAUUUCUGAAGAUCUGGUGCCUUAUGAGGGCGACUGGUUAGAAGUUGAAUAUUCCAGUGAGCCAGGCAUCUCAAACAUCAAGGCAAUCUCUGCGAAGCCCACCCGUUGGGCUUGUGCGGAAGAGGUCUGCAUUACUAGCGUCCAUGGAAGAAACGGGGUGAUAGAUAAUAAUAUCUUUUUCACCUUGGAUUCUGUGAAACUUCCUCAUGGAUACCAACCUCAACUAUUUGAUACCGUCGAUGUGGUCAUGGUGGAGAGCAGUCACUUCUGCUAUAUCUGGAGAGCGGUUUCCAUCAGCCCAGCGCGAAAAUCCCCCGGAUCCCAGGAUGAUGGAGGCCUGCCUGGGACGGCCUGA